UCAUGUUUUGUUCACGUUCCUUUAUCAAUUCCUUAAUUACACGUUCGCUUUUUUAAUUUCUUUUUUGUGUUUUUUUUUCAUUUUUAAAAUAUUUAUGUGUUUGUUUGUUGCUUUUUCGAUUAAUAAUCACAUUAAAUUUUUAUCUUUCUUUUAAAAUUAAUUUAUUAAAAUUCUUUUUCAGAUAAAAUUCUUUUUUUUCUUUUUUCAGCUACACAAAUAUGUAUUUAUUUUAAUAAACAAAAAUUUUUUAAAAUAAAAUUUUCUAAGUCAACAACAACACUUCUUACUUUUAAUUCUCUCAAUUUUUAUCAUCAAUUAACCCCCUUGGAAUGCUUUUUACUACCCAAAUUAUAUUUUUCAUCGUCUUCCUUCCAUGUAUUUUAUUAAGCAUUAAAGAGGAUUCAGAAUUAAUAGAAAUUGAAAAUGAUAGGCAUUUUAAAGAUGUUAAUGCCAAAAAACUGAAUUUGGAAUUCCCUGAGGAAUUAAAUCUUAUAAUUGGAAUUGAAGAAGAAAUUCAGUUUACUUACAGAGGUCCUCUUUCCUCCCAUUUGGAGCUCGUUUUCGAUUUUGAUCACAACAUACUCAAUGUAACCCCAACUCGUCUUGUUCUCAAUCCCGGUAAUGAUUCAACUAGCAAAUUGUCAGUCGUUGGUCUUUCACUUAGCAGCAGGACAUUUAUUGAUUUGAAAGAUUGCUUUUUUACUAAUGGUACAAGACGCAUUGGAAAAUGUCCUUUCAACCAAGACGACGUUUUUGUUCGCCUAGUUGUUGCACGUAGCUCUAUAAUUUCUGUAUUGGUAAUUGUAACUGGCUGGAUUUAUUUUUCUGCUUGGAGUAUUUCUUUUUAUCCACAAAUUAUUUUGAAUUGGCAAAGGAAGAGCGUUAUCGGUCUAAAUUUUGAUUUUUUACUUCUCAACAUUAUCGGUUUUUUCUGCUACACAAUUUACAAUCUUUUGCUUUAUUUUGACCCAAUAGUUCAGGAUAUUUACAUUGCCAGACACGGAAAUAGAAGUCUUAUACCUGUUUUGUUAAACGAUGUUAUAUUUUCUGGACAAGCUUUGUUUGCCUGUUUAAUUACGGCUUUUCAAUGCUUUGUUUAUGAGAGAGGCACUCAACGUAUUUCCUACACUUGUCGAAUAUGGGCUUCAAUUUUACUUGGAUUUUCUUCUUUAUCCCUUCUUUUAGCUUUAUUUAGUUUUUUCAAUUGGCUGGAUUUUAUUAAUUAUCUUUCAUAUGUAAAAAUGGCUGUUACACUUAGCAAAUAUUUUCCACAAGCAAUUCUUAAUUUUAAACGAAAAAGCACGAUUGGUUGGAGUAUUGGAAAUGUUUUAUUAGAUGCUACUGGGGGUACAAUGGAUAUUUUACAAAUGAUUUUACAAGCAAAAAAUACAGCUGAUUGGAGUGCUUUUGUUGGUAAUCCUGUCAAAUUUGGUCUAGGAUUUGUUUCGAUUAUUUUUGAUGUGUUGUUCAUCAUUCAACACUAUGUUCUCUACCCUCAUAAAGAAAGUGAUACUUAUGAUCAAGUUUCAAAUCCCGUUACACCCGUACCCGCAACACUUUCAGUUGUUGGAUUGAAUGCAGAUCUAGAAAGAGAGGACGAUAAUACACAAUUUCCAAUUUCGGGCACUUUGCACUCUGCACAUAAAUAAGGGAAUUAUUAACCUGUGAUUUAAUUUAAAACCCGUGGUUUUUUCUAUUCUU